ACAUUUCCGAGAUUCUGCCGGAUAAGUGGCGCUAACAUGCCGCAACUGUCAGCGUCCAAUCCACGCAGCCGCUUCCUGGUGGUGGUACUCGCCUCGAUGCUCCUCUCCCGGGCGUACGGCGCCUAGCGGUAGACAUAGUAAUUUACAACUGUAGCGUAGCAUCCUCAGCUGUCACUUUUAUCACAUAAAAACGCCUGCUCUUAUUUGUUUGUGCCCAUGAGGACCAAGCAUCGUUAUCCGUUCUGAACAUAAGCAGGAAUACACAUUUUAAAAAAACUUGUCAAAGAGCAAUGAGUCGUUUCCAAAAUUACACUCAGCUGUGUUUGCUGUCUUGAACACACCCCGCUUAGUACCCCGAUAUUGUUCAAGGGGAAUAAUGGCUGCACAGGAGCCGUCUCCACCAUCUUCCCUGGAAGGCAACAAACCGGGCUUCCCAAAGAAAAUUCUGGCCAACAACCUCGAAGACAAGCACUUGUGCAAUUCGUGCCAGAAAAUCCUCAGAAGGCCUUUACAGGCUCAGUGUGGUCACCGCUUCUGUUCGUUCUGUUUCAACAAAAUUGUGAGUUCUGGACCACAGAAAUGCAGCGCUUGCAUCAAAGAGGACUUGUUUGAAGAACCCACCUCCAUUCUCAAGCAAGGUGGUGCAUUCCCUGACAAUGCAGCUCGGAGAGAAGUGGAGGCCCUGGCAGCCGUCUGUCCCAAUGAAGGAUGCACGUGGGCGGGGACGAUUAAAGAAUUUGAGGCCAGCCACGAGGGCAACUGUGACUUCAUGAUCAUCCUGUGUCCUUCCUGCAAAGAGCUGAUGAGAGCCAACGAACAGGAGCGCCACAACGAGAGAGAGUGUCCAGAGAGGACUCUCAACUGCAAAUACUGCAAAGAACCCUUCUUGUUAAAGAACAUCAAGGCUCAUGAUGAAAUCUGUCCAAAAUACCCCAUGAUAUGUGAAGGUUGUGCAAAGAAAAAGAUCCCCAGAGAAAAGUAUGUGGACCAUAUUAAGUUCUGCAGUAAAUUUAAAGCACCAUGCAGAUUUCAUGUUGUUGGCUGCGAUACGUCUGUGGAGAAAGAAAAGAUCCAUGAACAUGAGCGGCAGUGUUCGUAUGAGCACCUCAACCUGCUCCUGCAUUUCAUCAUGGGCAUCAAGGUGAGCUUGGAGAGCCUGCAGCCCCAGAGCCUGGAAGUAGCCAGCCACAAGCUGCAGGAGCUCCACCAGUCCCUCAGGGAUUUGGAGCUGAAGAUGAGCCAGGUGGGUGGGGGUGGUGCUGCUCCCAUGCAGGGUGCGUGUGCCCCAACCCUCGCCACCUCCUUCACCCCACUGCCCAGUGCCAUGGGUGCUGCCCUGGAGCUGCAGCUCCAGAGCGAAAAGACCAAGGUGGCCGAGCUGAACCGGCGCUGCCAGGAGCUGGAGCUCAAAGUGAGCACGUUCGAGAACAUUGUCUGCGUCCUAAACAGAGAGAUGGAGCACUCCUGCACCACCAUGGAGGCCUACAACCGCCAGCACCGACUGGACCAGGACAAGAUUGAGAUCCUCAACAACAAGGUUCGUCAGCUGGAGAGAACAGUGAGUCUGAGGGACCUGUCCAUCGUGGAGAUGGAUGGCAAGAUGAGGGAGAUGUCUGCAGCCACAUACGACGGCAUUUUUGUCUGGAAGAUCUCAGAUUUCACCAAGAAGAGGCAGGACGCUGUGGCUGGGCGCGCCCCUGCUAUGUUCUCUCCUGCCUUUUAUACCAGUAAAUACGGCUACAAGAUGUGCCUGCGGAUCUACCUGAAUGGUGACGGGACAGGACGUGGCACACACUUGUCUCUGUUCUUUGUGGUGAUGAGAGGACACAGCGACGCACUCCUCAAGUGGCCUUUUAAUCAGAAGGUCACCCUAAUGCUGCUCGACCAGAACAACAGGGAGCACAUAAUCGAUGCCUUCCGGCCCGACAUCUCCUCCUCAUCCUUUCAGAGGCCCGUCAGCGAUAUGAACAUUGCCAGCGGCUGCCCACUCUUCUGUCCGCUCUCCAAGCUGGACUCUAAAAACUCCUACAUACGUGACGACACCAUCUUCAUCAAGGCCAUUGUAGACCUCACUGGGCUUUAGGCAAAGAAUGAGGGUGUAACCCAGCCUUUUGUUGCUACUAUCACCAGGCUUUUGUAUCACCAGUAACUGGCAUUUCUCUUUCGGGUCUCUCUAGCUCUUUUGGUUUUGAUAAGGAUUGUUGGAAGCAAUAUGCAAGACCAAAGCCAUGGCCACAGUGGCUGGUGGCGUAUUAAGACUUCCUAAGCCACUAUAACUGUUUUACCAAUCAAACUUUGUCAAAUCACACAAAAGUUUUUAUUUGACAAAAACAUUGAUUACCUACCAAAGUUACUGGGGCAGUGAACACAGCAUAUAUGCCAGAAUUUGGCUGGGGACAGGUGUUAAUAUCCCACCCUGCAGAAGACCCUCAAACAGCAUUUGAACUGCAUUCCAUGACCUAGAUAUAAUAUUAUGCUUGUGAAAUUAGUAGACAACUAAUAUGACAUUGUCACAAUCUCUAGUGAUCAGCCUAUGGCUUCUUGUACCAUAGAUGAGGCUCAUCAUGUUCAGUUUUGCACAGACAUGAUUUUUAAAGGUUAGAGGUUUUACAAGAAUUUCAUUUCCAUUCCCAUUCAAACAUUUUUGUUUCUUACUGCAGUAUGAAUAAGGUCCUCUUGUGACAAAAAUCAGUUAUUGCUGCUAGCUGCUAGUUAUGUCCCAAAAUCAUUCACAUAUAAAAUUAUAUAAAACAUGGACGUCACGUCUCCACUCCCUCCCACUGUACAAAAACAAGCUUAAAUAUCCAGAUAUGGUCGCUGCCAUCUUUCGAUGGUGACAUCAUUUGGAGCCAUAGCGAUUGGUAGAUGAUGGGAAAUUUGAUGCUAAGUUUUUUUUUAGCAUCAAAUAAAACUUGAACAUAGAUCAGCAUGAUAAGAACUACCUAAAAAGACAGAUUUAUUUUAAAUUGAAUUUAAAUUUGAUGUGUACUUUGAUUUUUUUAUCUGCUAACAUGGAGGCAGCAGGCUUUAUGACCUAUACUGCAGUCAUUCAUCAGGGGGUGAUUGAGAUGUUUCGGUUUCACUAUUGGGAGCUUGUCAUGUCGUCCAUUUUUAUAUGUCAGUGCCCCAAAAAUGUGAGCCUUACUCAGCUGGCACUCGGUGCUCCAAUAACAGUUGAGCAAGUCUUGGUCAGAACCUCAGUCAACGUUCUCCUUUCUUGUACUUUUCAAGUUAAAAAGACAACCAAGUUAGCCAACGUUUUUUCUACCGAACAUAAUGCUAGUUAACAAGCUAGCUAACCUACAUCAAUCUUUAGCUAUGUAGUUACAUCUGAAAGCUAAUGUUAGCAAAAUGCUAGCUAACUAGCUAUCCGGUUUACAUAAACUGUUAGUUAGCUAACAUUUAGUGAACUUAAGAUGUGACUAUAUGACACUUUUAUCUUUCAAUUAUCUUUUGAAACUUGGUUGUCUUUUCAACAUAGAUUAGCCUAACAAAUAGCAUAUCUAAGUACAGGAAAGGAGAAAGUCAACCGAGGGGCUGACCGAGGCUUGCUCAACUGUUAUUAGAGCACAGAGCAAAAAGGGUGGGACUUAGGAAGGGUUAGUUUACUUUAGCCAGCAAAACUAGCAUAAACCUGAGAGCUUCUCAGAUGAAUAAUAAAAAAAAAAUUACUACCAAAGCACUGGAACCCAAAAAAAUGGUAUUUGAUUAAACAGCCAUAGCUGCAGGUAGUGUACAGGGGGUUUAUCAGAGCAAAAAAUGAACUAAACAAAGGCCACGCAGAACUGGGUUAGAAUUCUCUUCAGGUAUGUCAUUAUGAGUGACCUCUUUCAUAUUGCUUAUAGUUAUCUGGCACAUUAUUAAUGUAAAAAUAUUGAUAGUGCAACUUUAAAAUAAACAAUCUGGAAAACUACAGAAUGCUUGUGAUGCAAACACUAUUUUUUUUUUCACCUAUUUUUUUGUAUUUUUGUAUUUUUGAGGUUUAAAAAUUUAAACACCAAUACAUUUCCAGAAUGAUUUAAAAUCAAAAACUGAUAAUAAUGAGCCUUAGACCAGUGACACCGUAGCUAUGUAGAUUAAACAGCCUACAAACACGGCGAUAGAUCAAGCAGGUAUAGGUACUUUUGCUCACUGUUUGCGUGUACUGCUUGACAUUUCUAAAAAUUUUUGCAAAUGUGGAGUUUCAAUAACAGUGUGAUGCCCAUGUAGCCUUCAGAGUAUCGCUCAGCUUUGCACACAGUUUGUAGUGCAGUUGGACUUUUAAACUUGUUUACUGUUUCCUAACAUCUAUGCCUCCAACUCUCAAGUUCUGUGUUCAAUGGUAAUCAUUUGUGGUGGUGGACAUUGCUUGAAUUCCAUGAAUUCUGAGUGAAGUAUCUCAGUUGUGAUUGUUGUGCAUGCGUGUGUGUGUGUGUGUGUGUGUGUGUGUGUGUGUCUGUACUGUUCAUUUCUUUGCUGAUAGUCGCAGUGUUAGUUUGCAUGUUGGAUCUGUGGAAGAUACACUGUAGCUUGCAGCAGUUCCUGGGCUGUUUGUCUAGGAGACCGAUGGUAGUCAAGCUGAUUCUCCCAAAUGGAAAUAUGACAUAUUUUAUUAAAAAUAAAACAUAUAUUUGCAUACAUGUUCUGAUACAUCCAAUAAAUAUCUUGAUAUGAAACUUUUUUCAAUAUUUGUUGUCUGCAUAUUUACAAUUUCUUUAACCAUUUUACCGAGGAUAUAUUCAGUUUUAUUUGAACAAUUUAUAAUAUUUACUAACAUGCAUAUGGACAAAUAUUGAAAUAGUACAUAUUUACCUACAUGAGAGGUAUAUCAAAAAUAUGUCCACUGCAGUGUCUUCACAAAGUAUUCAUUUCUAUUUUUUCUACAUUUUGUGGUGUUGGUGGUCUGAUGACCAAAUUGCAAACAUUUGUGUGUGUGGAUGGGUUCCUUGAUAAUUUGGUUCAAGACCUCUUAGAUGCUUUUGUCGUAAAAUAAUAUUGUAACUACCAGUAACUGUACAAUUUAGAGCGAGAGAGAGUACAGAGGUUAGGGUCUUAUAAGUUAUGUGCGUUUUCACAAAUGUUCAAUUUCUUCACGUUUCCCAAAGCAGUACUUAAUAAGUGAGUUAGCGAGUGCAUGUAAACUGCAAAAUUUGCCAAUUUUCUACCUGUUUGGUAUCAUUACAAUGUGGCUAGAAUGUGCAAAUGAACCAUGUUUAACUUCUCUUCAUGUUGCCUGUACCCACAACUCCCCACUCAUUGGCUGGUGACAGAAUCUGAACCGGUUCUAACUACAGAUUGUACUCAGAUGGCAAACUCUGUGGAUGACAAGUAACACGGAAGUAACAAAAACUGCAGUUCCUCUAACGGCCACUUGAAGCUGGCUCCGGAAGUGAGUCAAUCUCUAUAAGGCUCCAUGUUAAAAUGGCCAACUUUACAGCAGAAAUAAACAUGAGGAAGAGGAGGAUGAUGACAACAGAAACGGGCAGCUCAAUAAAGCAAAUAAAUUGUUGAAUUAAUUUUAGUUUUAUUCUAAUCUUUAGUUCAAAUCUAAUUUAAACAUUAUGACUCAUUUCAUCACAUCACAUUGCCAUUUAACAAACAACAUCUGUGUUCAUGAUAAAAGUGCACACUCAAUGAAAACCAUUAAUAUGGCAACGUAGUGCUGCCAUGCCUGAAAAAGAAAAAAAAGGAUCAAUAAAAUUCAUAUUAUUACAACAUGAAAACAUAUCACAUUAUAAGAAGAACAUGUCACAUUAUAACAACAUAAAAAGUAUGUUAUAACAAGAAAAGUUUCUUGUUAGAUGUUUUCACGUUAUAACGUGAAACGUUUUGUAAUAGCAGUAAGUUGCUAGUAAAAUGUGUCGCGUAUAACAAGAUAAAUAGUAUUUUGGUAUGACAAACAUUUCUUUUGUUUGUUUUUCUUUCUCUGGUGUGGCAACAAUAUGCUGCCAUAGAUAAAGAGGCAGAGAGAGACGAAAAACAAGGAGAGAAAAGAGGGCAUAACACACAGCAAGGGUUGAUGGCAUUGAUUGAUGUGGCAUGCGCAGUAACCAUUUGGCUACAAUUGUUUACCUUUGAAAUUGCUGUCUCUGCAGCCUCUGCUGGUUGCUUCACCUGCUUUACACUUUCACAGGAACGCUCAGUGAUUUCUGUUUCUGUUACUCCUCAUGAGAGCUUCUGUUACAGUUCCACAUCCUUCUUCAGGGAUGAUGUUGUUGUGACCUGCAGUUCUGUGAGGUAUUUGAUCACUGCAUGGUCGCUGAUGUGUUUUUUUUCUAUAACCACAACCAUCAUUUAAAUUGGAGACACAUCAAGGCAUUCUGAAUGAUGUAUACACCUCCUACUGAGGGACUUCUUCACCACACUGCAUUUCAGCUUUUACAUUUUGCAUAAUUGCAUAAUUAGGAUUUGUCAGCUGUAUAUAGAUAUUGAAACUUAUUUAACCCUGAUGCUGUAAUGUUACUGAAUGCAGAAGAUAUCAGUGUAGUUGAACACUUUGUGAAGACAUGAGGUGAUAUUUCCAUAUGGGUGUAGCCUUUGGUUGUGCUUAGACAGACAGGAGGCUGGAACGGAGAUGUGAAGGCCUCAGGAUGGAAGCUGAACGGAGAUAUUAAAAGAGGAAAUGGUUGAUGUUAUUGUAAUAUUUUCCUAUUUUGGCUUUUCCUUACAGCUUUGAGCUGACCUACUUUUUACAGAAAAAGAAGUGCCUGUACCUUUUUUUUUAUGUUUCAUGAGCCCACUAAGUUGUGGAUCUGCUUUCCUGUGAGUUUUAACCUCCCAAAAUGUGAAACUUUUUGAUUUGUAUUUUUUUAAUGUUGCCCCCUCAUAACACCCCCGCCCCCUUACUGGGCCCUUUGAUGUGAUGAAAUCUAAGUGACUGAGAAUGUUUUCCUUUUCAUACAAAAACUAGUGAAUGUUACAGUGUUACGUUAUGUAAUCAUACAUUAAAUGCGGUCAGAAUAAUCAUUAACACGCUGCUUUUUCAUCCAAACACAUCCAGCAUGUUUUUAAACCUCUCAACAAAUACUGAAACCUCUCUGUGCAUGAGCUGUUUCAGUAGUUUUCAGUUAAUACUAAUCAAGCACUGGUUCAUAUUGGAGACCAGCAUUUUAUUUUUGUAUUAUUUUAUGAUCAAUAUAUACAACAUAUUUUUGGUUGACAUUGCUUGAGUAUUAUGAGGUGUGUGCUGCUUUGAGAAAGUUAAACAUAUCUAAAUAAUAUAUAGAUUUGUAUAUAUUUAGGAAAAAAGGUUAUACUGUAUGUUGAGACUGUUUAAAGACAUGUUUUGGUUUGUUUAGCUGAUUGUGAAAAGAUGCAUCUGCAGUCUGAUCUCAGCAGGUUGCAGCUCAUGUUCCUGGCUCAUUCAGCAAAGGUCAUCUACUUUUGCUUUCUUGUUAUUUAGGGAUGGGAAUCGAGGACUGGUUCCAGUUGAGAAUCGGUUGCUAAUUGUCAAUUAAUUUUAUUGAUGUCAAGAUGUUUUUCUGACCGUGCACUGCAGAACAGUAAUGUUGUCGUGCUCAAAACUGGUGGAAAUGCAGGCUCAUUUGCUACAGAGCACCAAGGUUUCAAGAAUCUUGAACGGAACCAGUACAAGAACCAGAGCUAAUUUAAUGGAAAAACUAACAGAGAAUUGAUCAGGAAUCAAUAAUAGGCCUUUUCCACCAACAGGGAACAGGCUCCGUUCUGGUUUUUGCACCUAGUUUUGAGCUGUUGGGAGUAUUACGACCAAAAAUACAUUGGUUCAGAACCUAAAAGUUGGUUCCCAGCUGGAACCAAAAAAUAGCAGGUUUUCCUUUGGAAAGUGGGUGUGUCAUAUUUUGCAAGUUGUUGCAUUGAUAGAUAGAUAGAAAUAGCAGCGCUCUCAGUUGAUUAUGCAUCCGAUUACUGUGGUUCUACUCAAAACUGGUGGAAAUGUGGGCUAUAUAGCACCAAGGUUCCAAUAAUCUUGAAUGGAACCGGAGCUAAUCUGGUGAAAAAAACACUAUAAGGGAACCGAUAAAGAAUCAGCAGAAUUGAUAAUGGCAUCAAGUCAUCAAUUCCCAUCCCUAUAUGUUAUUACAGAAACAUGUGUCCUCUUUUUCCCUCUUUAGAAUAUGUUGUUAUUGUUGCACAUUAUGUAGACUACAUUUUGCAUGUAUGACUGUGGCCUGAAAUAAAUUAGCUGCUUGUUUGACCCUACAUAUGUGCUGAUUCGUGCUCAUAGAUGCAGCCUAGCAGCCCGGUAUGGACGUCUGUCUUUGCUCCUCCUCGUAAAAUGUGUUAGCUGAUGUUGGCUGGGUCUUCAGAAUUAUUCAUAGCUGGCGAACAUAACAAAAGGGCUUCGCAUUUCAUUUCCAUGUGCUGAAUGUCACAAAGGCAUACAUACACAUACGUCUGUCCGUUGAAUGGAUCUGACAGAGCCUUCUCUAGACUGUAGCUGGGGUAUGAUAUCACAUUGGAGCCGGUAGUGUUAUGCUGUAUCAGCAAUAUUGAUUUGUUUGGAAAUGCCACACUGCCUCACUGUUACUGCAACAGAAUAAACAAUAUGUCAAUGUGAUGUAUGUAUUUCAAAUAACACUUCAGAACUGUGGAACUGAAACAGGUCAGUUGGUGUUUAUUUACAUAUCUACUCCUCUGUUCUCUCUAAAGCCCAUGUUGAGAUUAAGAUGUUGAGAUUAAGAUGAAGAGCUUUCAUCUGUAGCAAUGACAUCAAACUGCAAUCUACUUGUUGUGGAUAGUGACUUGUGUGUUAGUAAACUCUUUGUACUACAGGAAAUGUGUUCCAUAUUUGUAUUUCAUUUGUUUUAUUAAAGGUUUUAAGAUGCC